AUGACAACAUCAAUAUCAAGUAUAAUAGUAGAGCAAUUUAAACAUAGUUCUAAAAUAAAUGUUCAUAAAGAUAGUAAUAUUUCAGCAUAUAGUAGUAUAUUUUUCGAAUUUAACAAAUUAAUAAAUAGCCAAAAAGAAACAGAUACAUUUUAUCAAUGUUUUUUAUCACCAUUAAAAAUAUACUUAAUUACAACUUCAAAUGAUUCAAUUAAUAAUGUUUCAAAGUUUUUAUCUAAAUUUUUAAUUUAUUUAAAUACUCCUGCAACUCCAUCAAAUACAACAACAACAACAACAACAACACCUAAUAAUAAUAAUGAAAAUAAAAAAUUAAAUGAAUUUAAUCAAAAAAAGUUACAAAUUUAUGAUUCAAUAAUAACAUUUUUAUCACAAGUUUUAGAAUCAAAAGAAUCUAUUGUUAGAAUUAGAUCAUUACAAAUACUGAAUCAUUUCAUAAAUGACAUAAACUUUGAUAUCAAUUUAAUAAAUAAUAGAUUAAUUAAUCAAAUAAUAUCAAGAUAUCAAGAUAAAAAUUCAAAUGUUAGAUUAAUAAUUUCAAAUUUAUUAAUAAAAUUAACAAAUAUAUAUAUUAUGAUUUAUAAUAAUAAUAAAAAUAAAAAUAAUAGUAAUAAUAAAAUAUCACCAACAAAAUUACAAGAAGAAAAACAAAAACAACAAGAGGUUAAAGUUAUUAUUCAAACAUUAAUUGAUUGUUUAUUGAUUAUGUUAGAGAAUGAUUUAAUAUGGAAUGUUAGAUUAAAUAUUUUAAAGUGUUUAUCACAAUUCAAGAAUCAAUUAGGUAAAGAAGAGUAUUUAAAUAUUAUUUUAACAAGAACAAAAGAUGUUAAAGAGAAUAUUAGAUUGGAGGCAUUAUCAAUAUUAUCAAAUAGUUUUCAGUUUGAUAGUUUAUCAAGAGAUCAAAUUUUAAUGAUAUUAAAUUCAAGUUUUAAAGAUCCAAAUGAAAAAGUGGCUGAAUUUGCUGGUAAAAUGUUUUGUAAAUGGUUUUCAUUUAUGCAACAAGAACAACAAACCAAUAAUAAUAAUAAUAAUAAUAAUAAUAAUAAUAAUAAUAAUAAUAAUAAUAAUAAUAAUAAUAAUAAUGGUAAUGAUAAAAUGAUGAUGUUCAAUGAUAAUCAAGGGGAUGAUGAUGAUGAUGAUGAAAAUUGGAUUUAUAGAUUUUUAGAAUUUAUUGGUGUAGGUGAUGAAAAUAGUGAAAUAUUAUCAACUGUAUUAUUAUCAUUAUUCAAACAAGCAAACAUCAAAGAGUUUUCAUUGAAUGAUAUUAGAGAGUUAACAUUAGAGCAAUCAUUUCAUUGUAAACUAUCAUUUCAAUAUUUAAAAUCUUUAAAAACUUUAGAAGCCAAUGAAAAGAUUGAUUCUUUAUUACCAACACUAACCGAAUAUAGAGAUAUACUAUUCAAUCAUUUGAAUUCCGAUGUAUUCACUCUCAUUCAAUUAUUAAAACUAUUAGAAUAUUUUGACCUUUCAUAUGAUGAAGUAGGUCGUUCAAAUAUUUCAGUGUUUCUACGUGAAUUAUUAAAAGCAGUUCAAUUAGAUGAUGAUGAUGACGAUGAUAACGAAGAUGCCAAUGAAGAACAAUUUAAUAGCAAUAACCAACAAAGUAGAUUAUUAAUUGAUCAAACAUUACAAUGUCUUUCAUUACUUCAUAGAGUUGAAAGAGAUUUCAUUGUAUUUAUUGUUGAAAUAAUAUCAGAUUUUAUUGAACCAUUGGAAGAGGAUCAAGAAAUUGUUGAAAAACAAAAUAAAAUCGAUAUAUUAUCAAAAGCAUUUGCAAAGAUUGAAAAGAAACAACCAAUUGAAGCUGAAAAGAUUAAAGGAGCAAUUAAAACUUUGGAAAAACAAAUUAAUGAUAAACAAACCGAUACAAUUAAAAAAUGUUCAAUCAUUACUCAUUUCCUUUUAUUAAAUGCUAAAAAAUGUUCAAACUCUCCAGAAAUUGAUGGACUUUUAGAAUUGGUUAUAUUACCAUCGAUUCAACAUCCUUUACCAGAAUUACGUAGUAUUGGUAUUAAAAAUCUUGGUAUAUUUUGUUUACAUAGAAAAAAAGAAGCAUUAAAAUAUUUAAAAUUAUUUGAAAAAAUCAUUGAAAAUGAUAUUGAAUAUGUUGCAAUAACAUGUUUAAAGGUUAUUUUCGAUAUUUUAUUAGUAUUUGGCUCACCAAAUAAAAUACCAAAAGAAACAGAGUCACUUUAUAAAAUGAUUAGAAAAACUUUUACAAAUUUUAAUGAAAAAACAAUAGGUAGCAAUAUUAAUAAUAAUAAUAUCAAUAAUAAUAAUAAUAUGAAUAAUAAUAUAAAUAAUAAUAAUAAUAAUAAUAAUAAUAAUAAUAAUAAUAAUAAUAAUAAUAAUAAUAAUAAUAAUAAUAAUAAUAAUAAUAAUAAUAAUAAUAAACAAGGUAGAAAUAAUAAUUUAGAGAUUAGAGAAAUUUCAAUUCAAGGUUUUGUUAAACUUUUAUAUGCUGGUAUUGUUUAUGAUCAAAAGAUUUUAAAGUUUUUAUUAUUGGAAUUAUUUUCAUCAUCAACCAUUGAAUUAAUAGAGUUAAGAAAAUGUUUACAACUAUUCUUUGAAGCCUAUGUUUCCGAUAUUUUAGAUAACAAAAAGUUAUUAUUUGAUUGUAUAAUGGACUGUUUUCAAUCAAUUUGUAAUUCAGCCUCUUUUCAUUCACCUUAUUCAACAAUUAAUUUAAUUGAUUUUGGUAAAUUUGUUUUAUCUUUAAUUGAUAGACCAAUGAAGAAAUCAUUAUAUUCAGAUUCAUUAAUUAUAAAUUAUAAUGAUUAUCAAGAUCAAAAUCAAAAUCAAAAUAUUAGUAGUCUUGAUAAUGAAGAAAUUAAUAAUCAAUUUAAUCAAGGAUUUUCAGAAUUUAAAGUUUCAGAUUGUCACCCAAAAUUAGCAUUAUCAAUUUGUAUUGAAUUGAUUUCAAGUUUUAGAGGUCAUUCAAAAGAAUUGGUUAAAUUACUCCCAUUGUUCAAAUUUGAUCCAACUAUUCAUCAAGAUUUAUUAGAGAAAAUUUAUGAUCAAUUAGAAAUUUUACUCAGUUAUUAUACUGAUCCAAUUUUAGAGAAAUUUCAUCAAUCUAUAAUUAAAUUAUUAUCAAAAGAAUUUUUAGAUCAAAAAUCACAAUCACAACAACAACAACAAUCAUCUCAUCAAUCAAAAAUUAAAAAAGAUGCAACUUCAAAUUUAAAUAGCUUUUUAAUUGAUUGUAAUACUAAUUUAACAAAAUCUCAAAAACAAAAACAAAAAUUACAAUUAUUUAAUACUCCAAUGAAAAAAUAUAUGAAAUUAAAUAAUAUUGAUAAUAAUAAUAAUAAUAAUAAUAAAAAUAAUAAUAAUAAGAGUGAUAGUACAUUAAAACAUAAUCUUUUAGAUAAUAUUUCAAAAUCAAAUAAGGAAGGUGUUAAACCUUUAUUAGUCGAUUAUUUUAAACAACAAAAGAGUUUAUUCAAAGGUGAAGGGAUUUUAGAUACUACAUCAUCAAACAGACCAAAGAAAAAGAAAACUAAACCAUCAACAACCACUGUAAAUAUUGAAAACCAUGAUGAAAAUUCUUUGUCUUCAACUCAAUUCUUUUAUCCUUUCCUUCAUAAAAAAAGUGAUAUCUCUUCACCUGUAAAUGAAACCACCACCACCACCACCACCACAACAACAACAACGUCCUCUUCUUUAUCAACUCCUGUAUCAUCUGAUUCAGAAACAAGUAGUAAUAGUAGUGGAGAAUCAAAACACUCCAAACAAAUAUUAAUCAAAGAAGUUUCAAAUCUUGAAGAAAAAUUAAAAGUAACAAAUUUAAAACCUCACUCCACCGCUUUAUUACUACAAAAUCAAGAAACUACCACUACUGGUAAAAAAAUAAAUUCAAUCUUAAAAAAAAGAUGUAUUUCUAUCAGUAAAGAAAAUGAAGAUACUAAAACCAAAAAAGUUAGAUUCCUCAAUUUUGGUUCUAUCGAUAAAAACCAAGUUUAG